AUGUCGCGCCCUGAGGAUGUUCUUCCCGCCGAUCUCUUUUACAAUGACAAUGAAUCACGAAAGUACACGAAGUCUUCGCGAAUUCGCAACAUUCAGGCCAACAUGACGCACCGCGCUCUUGAACUUCUCGAUCUCAAAUCGCCUUCCUUUAUCCUUGAUGUUGGAUGUGGCUCCGGUCUGUCUGGCGAAAUUUUGUCUGAAGUCUCCCCCGAAGAAGGUGGCCCGCACACAUGGAUUGGAAUGGAUAUCGCACCCAGCAUGUUGGAUGUGGCCCUCCAACGUGACGUGGAAGGUGAUCUGUUUCUUGCCGACAUUGGCCAAGGAGUUCCUUUCCGGCCCGGAACCUUCGAUGCAGCGAUCAGUAUCAGUGCUAUCCAGUGGCUCUGCAAUGCGGAAACUAGCGAUGUCACCGCGGAAGGCCGCCUUCGCCGCUUUUUUGAAGGUCUUUACGCCAGCCUCCGCCGAGGUGGGCGCGCAGUCUGCCAGUUCUACCCGAAAAAUGAUAUUCAGCGGAGUAUGAUUAGUGGCGCAGCAAUCAAGGCUGGCUUUGGUGCGGGUAUCCUCGAGGAUGACCCCGGCACCAAGAGUAGCAAACUGUAUCUUGUUCUGACUGUGGGUGGCGGUGGUCUGCCGGGUGAUAUUACCGGUGUUGUGAAUGGCAUGGACGAUGUCAGCGUCUUGGAUGCCCGACGAAAGGCUAUGGAAAUCGGAAACGCUAGAGCGCCUCGCAAGGGAGACAAGGCUUGGAUUUUGAACAAAAAAGAACAAAUGGCGAAGAAGGGCAAGGUUGUCAAGGCCAGUUCGAAAUACACUGGCCGGAAACGACGAAUUGCGUUCUGA